AUGACUUGGGCUGGUGUCAAUAAAAAACAUUAUAUGAGUGAGCUUGAUGUGAAUAAUAGAGUUCCAAAUCCGAAAUAUAUGGAACAUUAUGAAUUUGAACUUGAAGUAUUAGCUGUGAAUGAAACAAAAGGAUUAAAAGAAAUUGUGAAAACAAUUAUCGUUUGGGCUGGACUUACAUAUGGGUUUGAACAAGAUUUGUUACAAUUCGCGUUUGACUCAGCUUGUAAAACUACCGAUAUAUUUCCAAUACCAAGUAGCCAAAAUCAUUUACCUGUAAUACACGUUGAAGACUUGGCCAGGGUGAUACAUAAAGUAAUAUCCGAUGAUCAAGCAUUGGAGUAUCAUUAUAUUUUUGCUGUUGAAAGUCCAAUAAAUACAUUAAAACAAAUCAUCACUGCUCUCGCUAAGUCGUGCGAUGUAGCUCCAGUGGUUGUGCCAUUAAAUACAUUCAUGAAUAAAUAUGAACUCAAGAGAGAAGAAAUCAGAUUACUGUACUACAAAAGUCAAUUUACCCAGGAUUCGGAAGAUUUAUUAGAUGAUGCUGAUGACCAAGCUGAAAUUAGUCCAAUUAUAACUAACAAAAUAUCAGAAUUAAAUAAAAAGCUAUCAAUGUUAUAUUCAUCUAUGGAUGCCAAUAAUGAUGAAUUGGAAGAUAUUUAUCUAAUUCCAUUAUUGAAUGAAAGAAUAGCACUUUUUAAACGUGGGUAUGUCUUGGAUGGAUAUCCAACGACAGUAGAUCAAGCCAAAAUGCUAUUCCGAUUCGAUGAUACGAAUUUACUUCAAUCAAAUAUUGAUAUUAAUAAAUUGCCUGAUUUGACAGUUAAUUUAACGCAAAACGCAGAGGGUGAUAUUUUACCCACUGAACAGAACAGUGAAAUCCAUACAAAUACAAACACCAAUACGCUUAAAAAUGAAAGUGCAAAAAGACGACUCCUGUUCUCAGAAGUUGACAUAAUACACUCAUCAAAUUCUGACGUCGCAGUAGUAUCUAAUGUAGUUGCAGCUAAAGCCAUUCUGAAAAAACAAAUUAAAAAAAAACCGUAA